AUGUGCCUAAACAAGGACUCGGGUGAUGGCACAGGGAAGCGGCGUUCUGACAAUGGGGAGGAUGGCGUUCGGUGGAAGCUGACAGACGAACCUGCUCAGAACAAGAAGAAGUUGACACCAGCCUCAUCUCUUCCCUUGCCUCCUGCCGAGGAGAGCCAGGCUGGAGCCCACAAGCGCAAGAAGGAGAAGGAGCCACCCCCUGACAUGGGACCCAAAAAAAAAGUUAAAAGGCACACGGGAAAAACAUCUGAAGAAGACCACUGAGCAGCCAUCUGACGGGAACAAGUUGCAAUCCAUGCAGACCUGGAGCCGCAUGGGCAGUGGGGACUUUGAUGUAAAGGGUGCCAUCUCCCACCCAUCCAUCCAUCUGAGCCAGAUCACGGCUGGCGAC